UUAAUCCCGCAUUUCAUCUCCGAGUUUCCCUCCUUAUCCGCCAUGACGGACAGAGCCGAUCAUCCUUCCCUUCCGACGAGCUACUGCGCGCAGAGCUCAGAUCAUCAGCAGCUCUCUCGCAUUUCUUCAAGCUCCAUGUCCUGAAUCGAAUACUACAAUUGGAGUCCUCAGAUUCUUUUCGUCGUCCCAAUGGCGACGCGAAACCGUACUCCGGUGUACCGGAAGUACAGGGACGCGCUAAAGACCGUCCGAGCUCCGUCCAGCUCAUCGGCGGGAUCCCGGAGCUCCGCCGGCAGCCCGGUGAUCGAAAUGGUUGGCUCUUCGAUCCUGAAACAGAGCCGCUCUUACGCUCCUCUCCGAACUGAUGACCCCGCUUACUCUAGUGGUAAGGGAGCGCCUACAGCGGGACUACCACCAGGUUGGGUGGAUUUUUCGGAAGAAAUAGCAGCAAACGUGCAACGCGCAUGGGCGAAAAUGGUGGAGCUGAGCAAGGCUCGUGCGAAGGCUCUGAUGCCCUCAUUUGCGGAUGGCAAAGAAGAUCAACUCUUGAUUGAGACCCUCACACAAGAAAUAACUGAUCUCAUUAGAAGAUCCGAGAAGAAUUUGAAAAGGCUGUCUUCUCCAGGACCCGCCGAGGACUCCAACCUAAGGAAAAAUGUGCAGAGGUCUCUUGCCACUGACCUACAGGGCCUGUCAGUCGAACUUCGAAAGAAACAGUCGGCUUAUCUGAAGCGUCUUAAACAGCUGAAGGAGGGUCAAGAUGGAAUAGAUUUCGAGAUGAACUUAAAUGGUAGCAGAUCUACUAUGGAUGAUGAUGAUCUGGAUGACAUGGGAUUCAGUGAGCAUCAAAUGGCUAAGGUGAAAAAGAGCGAGGCAAUCACAGUAGAAAGGGAACGAGAAAUCCAACAGGUUGUGAAAUCAGUGAAUGAGCUUGCAGAGAUUAUGAAGGAUCUGUCAUUUCUUGUGAUAGAUCAAGUAAGAAGGGCACUAUCAUUGACAGGAUCGACUACAACAUUCAGAAUGUAGCAUCCACGGUAGAGAAGGGACUGAAACAACUGCAAAAGGCUGAGAGGUCGCAAAGACAAGGGGGAAUGGUCACGUGCGUGACCGUGCUAGUGAUUAUGUGCUUCGUUAUGUUGAUUCUUCUGAUUCUCAAGGAGAUUUUCUUGUAAACUGCAAGGGAUAGUCUUUUGGCCUUCGAGCUCGGCCUUUCAUUCCUAGAGAUACAGCAACCGACAAUGGACCUUUCCUUCUCAUGCAUUGUCCCUUCCCGUUUCUUCUCCAAUGAGAUUGGAAAUGUGAAUUGGGAAGAAAAGAAAGAUGUUACACAAGGAAGAAAAGAAAGAUGUUACAGUCUCGUGUGAAAGAUCGAUUCUUUCCCUUGCUUCGUCUUGAUUCUUUUUGUACAAACUGAAGCUUUCUCUGCAUUUUCUGAUUGUUUUCGCUGGGAGAGAAUGUUUCUCAACAACUUAUAGUCGUUGAUGUGACGAUGUUUAUCGAGCUACUAUAGCUUCGACAAGAUCAGCAUUGUACAUACAGUUUAAGUUUUUAGAACGUCAUUUCCUUUAGUUAUGCUAAGGUUUUCAAAGGAAGUUGUAUGAGGUGUGCGGAUCAAUCUUGUUGAAGUGGUCCCCCAUCCUUGAUCGUGCUGUUUCUCGAUCAACAUGGGCAUAAUGUUUUUGAAA